GAUGGGCGUCGGUGACGUCUCUGGCCGCGUCGCGCUCAUCACGGGCAUCACGGGCCAAGACGGGAGCUACCUCGCGGAGCUGCUCCUCUCCAAGGGCUACACCGUCCACGGGCUCAUCCGGCGCAGCAGCUCGUUCAACACGGGCCGUAUCGAUCAUUUGUACAAGGACCCGCACCUCCAGGGCGUGCGGCUCUACUUGCAUUACGGCGACUUGGCCGACGCCGGGAACCUCUGCGCGCUUCUAGCGCGCAUCCAACCCCACGAGGUGUACAACCUCGGGGCCAUGUCCCACGUCCGCGUCUCGUUCGAGAUGCCAGAGUACACGGCCGACGUCGACGGCGUCGGCACUCUCCGACUUCUCAAUGCGAUCCGAUCGUGCGGCCGCGCCGACACGCGCUUUUACCAAGCGUCGACGUCCGAGCUCUACGGCAAGGUGGUCGCGACACCGCAGAACGAAGCGACACCGUUCUACCCGCGGUCCCCGUACGCGAUCGCCAAGCAGUUUGCCUACUGGACCGUCGUCAACUACCGCGAGGCGUACGGGCUUUUUGGCGUCAAUGGCAUCCUCUUCAACCACGAAAGCCCACGGCGCGGCCCCACCUUUGUCACACGCAAGAUCACGCGGGGCGUCGCACGCAUCGCGGCAGGACUCGAGUCGUGCUUGUACAUGGGCAACCUCGACGCGCGCCGUGACUGGGGCCACGCACGGGACUACGUCGAUUGCAUGUGGCGCAUGCUCCAAGCCAAUGCGCCAGAGGACUAUGUCGUUGCGACGGGCGAGUGCCACAGCGUGCGCGAGUUUCUCGAGCUUGCGUUUGCAUACGUGAGUUUGCCGCUGACGUGGCGCGGCGAGCGCGGCAGCGUCGACGAGGUCGGAGUCCUCGUCAACGCCCCCGGCACCGUCGUCGUGCAAAUCGACCGCAAGUAUUUUCGUCCCACCGAAGUCGACUUGCUCUGCGGCGACGCCAGGAAGGCGCGCGACUGCCUCGGGUGGACACCAAGCAUCAAGUUCGUCGACCUCGUACGCGAGAUGGUCGACGCGGACGUCGCGCUCCUUCGGUCCGCCUCGGUGUCGUUUUAA